CUCAGUGGCGCGCGCGACUCGGCCCGUUCCGUUCCGUUCCGCUCUGGGCCGCCCCGGUCCCGCUACCUCCGCGCUCCGCUUCCCCGACUCGGAGCCAUGGACGUGACCAGGGGCUUCUUCGGCAAGCUGCGGGACCUGGCCCUCACGGUGGAGAAGGAUGUGAAGCAGCUGGAGCGGGCCAUGCUCCGGGAGGACGUGGACUACGAAGAUGAAUCUCCAACAACAGUCUUGCAUGACCUCCACUGUGAAAUCAAGACUCAGAAGGAAGAUAUUAGUGCCAGUCUUGAUAGGAGUUGCUCUGAAAAAAAAGCAAUUCGUGACUUUUUGAAGGCAAGUGAAAUAUUGAUGCAAAGAAAUUCAGCAGAUCUUGGAAAAAUAAGAGAGCUGUUCCAGAAAUAUGGCUACAAACCACAUGUCAAAGACUCUACAGAAAAAGAAGAGGAGGAGGAAGUUAACUGUGAAUCAGCAAUGUCUGUCCAGAAUAAAUCUGAUGAAGAAAAAGCAAAUGAUGUACCUCAUCUAUCUGCUUGUACUGAGAAGCCACUGUUGCCCAAAGACCCACUGCACAACCUCCAGCUUUCUGAUUUUGGCCUUUCACAAUACGCUUUCUCCAGGCCUUGGAGUGCAGUGAAAGCACAGCACACAACAAGUGCACAUCAACAAAAGCCAAAGAAUGAGACUCCACUAAACCUGCGAACACCCCGUGCUUUGCCCAAAACACCGAAAUGUAAGCUGAAGAUGGAUGAUUAUGAAUGUGUGACACCAAAACUUGAACACUUUGGCAUUAGUGAACAUACCAUGUGUAUGAAUGAAGAUUAUACGAUGUCACUUAUUCAUAAAACUUCUCAGACAAUCAAAAAGUUGGUUAAAGGAGAUGAUAAUGGAGGGAAUUUGCCAGAAAUGACAGUCAGGGAAAUCAUGGUUACUCCUGCAUCAAAAUCAAGUACGAGAGCUGAGAAUGCAGCAGCUGACUGGAUGGCUUCUCCUAUGGUAUUUGUGUUCUGUACUCCUGAUGUGAAGGUCUCUUCCAAAACAAAUAGUACAGUAUCAUCAAGGUCGCCAGAGACAAAGGAACAGCCUUUUCCCAGUCAUGCAGCAACACCACAGUGUCCAGAUUUUCAAACAAGAUGGCUAAAAGCAGAAGCUAAGCAGCAGGUAAAGCCAGGGGGGAAGAUUGAGUCAAUGACAAAGAAGGAUGCAAAAGAUACACAAUACAAAGAAGAUAGAAUUCCUUUUGCUGGGUGCUCUGAUGAGAAUCUUAAACAUUUUGGGGACUCUUCCCCUCCCAAACUGAAACACUAUGACCAGUUACUCAAUACUCCUCCACCUCCAGAAAUAACAAGGAUACCAGAUGAUGUUCUAAAGAUUCUUUCCCAAUAUAAUCAUAAGGUAGACUCUUCUAAAGCCAAGGAAAUGGAGACCAAGGCAGGAAAUACUACAAGAUAUGAAAGUGAUUCCACUGAUUACUGCAACAAAGAGAACAGAGGAUAUCGUGGAGUUUUCAGGCCAAACAUCUGAAAUGAAACUGAAGACCAUGUUGAAACUGUUUCACAUUCAUGGAUCUUGUCACCAAAUCAUAACAAGUUCAAAAAGCAAAAGGAAAUACUGGUGGGAAGAAAGAGCCAUACCAAGAAAAAGCUUUUUUAAUGGAGAAAAAUUCUUUAUCCAUGAUGUGGGUAAACUUGUUUGAACUAACAGCUUGUGCUUAAUUUUCUAUGGACAUUAUUGCCAAAAUCUAUUGAGGGGUUUUAAAUAUAUUACACUUCAAAGAGGAAUGGAGAUUCAUGUUCAGUUGUGUGUAGGAUUGCAUUUGCAGUAGGCUGUAGAGAGUGCAGUUAGGUUGUAAUAGAAAGAAAGUCCAGUAUAGUGCUUAAAAAAGUGGGUAUCUCUGGCUCUUCUGGUGACUCCUACACCAUUUCAGGGCUGAGGCUGAAGUCGGGUACCUCAACAGUCUUUGGUAUCAUCAACAGAAACAAGUAAUUUUUUUUGUAUUGGAAGAGUAACUCCUUCUUUACUGUUUAAAGCACUUUGGUGCUUUUAGUGAUUUCUGCAGUGCCAAGAUGUAUCUGACACAUUCCUGCAUCAGACUGGCUAUUACUUCUCUGGCAGACAAGUGUUUCCCAUGCAGCUUCUUUCUUAAUAUACAUCGACAUAGUUAUCAGGUGCUAUGCAUCUGGUUUCUUUGUAGUCUGGCUGGACUGUUAAAUUAUUUGAAAAUGUGGAAUUGAUAUUGGUUAUGUGUAUCUUCAACUGCUGGAAGAAUUGGCUGGCAGGAGUGUAGGUGAUUGCUUCCGCUCCUGCUGCUGCCAUGUGUAUUCUCUUCAGUGCUGCUGUCACUUCUAAAUGUGCACAUCUAACCCUGCAGUAGCUGACCAAGCUUAAGUUCUCAGAGCUGUUUGGCACUCUUUUGGUAGUCAUAGUAAUUAGGACUUUGUUCUACUAGCACUUUUACUGUUUUCCACUAGAAAACCCAGCUACAUACCCUUGUUUGGAGCCAGUUUGCUGUUUGCAGUGUCAGCUAUUCCUCUGACUCCAGGUCUGCUCUUAUCAUUUGUCUUCCAGUUGUUGACUGAAAGUCUAUCAUUUAUAUGAGGGCAAACAUGCAACGCAUGAGAAAGGAGAGACUGUCCCAGGAGAUGGGGAUAAGGGGAUGCUUUUCUGAACUCUCAACUCCACAUUUUUUUAAGUCUUCAGAAUAUGCAAACAUCUAGAGAUGCCUACAAGUAUUUCUUCAGUUGCUUAGACAGACUUGUCCUGAUUAAAAUUUAACAAGUAAAGGUGCCUUUUUCCUGCUAUUACAGUCGUUUUCCAGGAUAAGUGUACAUCAAAUUAAUUGGAGAAGGUGAUUUUCUACUAGUUCUGACCUGAGCACGCUGUCAUAGAAAAAGCUAGUUUCUGUUUAAAAGAAAAGUAUGUAUUAAUGUGUCAGUCUGUGAGGUUAAUUAACACUUUGGGAUACUAAAUAAAUCUGUCUCAAAUGCU